AUGCAUUCUGGAAACUUAUCGCGAUUUCUACCAAGGUUAAGCAAAAGUUCGAAAAUAAGUGAUAUUCGUAGGUACUUACCAGCCGUAUUACAAUUUAAUGCUAAACAUCUCGUUGGAUUAGCAGCUACUAAAAGUCAAAAUUUUGAUUUACCGACGCCCUUCGAUCCGGAGGUAAAAUUUGUCGACGUUGAGACUGGUAAUUUAAAUGUUAGCAGUGUGGAUCAUAUUAGAGCAGGCUACACUGAUGAAAAUCCUAAUGGGUCACCAACUGUCAUUACGGUGCAUGGAUGUCCAGGAAGCCACUAUGAUUUUCGUUACUUGGCUACACCUUUGCGUGAUGCUGGCGUUAGGAUAAUACGGAUUAAUUUACCAGGAUUUGGUCCUACUCCUAAACCAUAUGAUUUUACAUAUACGCCUGUUAAUAAAGCUAACUUUGUUGGCAAUUUAUUAAACAAUAUUGGGAUCAAUAGAGUUGGCAUGGCAGUUGGACAUAGUAUGGGAUGUGCUUGUGUAACCUCUUUAGUUAGUACACAUCCAAAUUUGGUUGCAUCUUAUGCUCUACUAGCUAGUUGUGGAACUAGGCCUCAUUUUGGACUAAGACCGUAUAUGUCUGACAAGAUGCCUCAUGUCACAUACGAUUUGACAACUGGAAUAUCUCGUCAACUAGUAUUUCAUAACAGUGGUCACUACCCUCAAAAAUUUCAUGCAAAUCAUAUUGGAAAAGCAAUGUUAGAUAUUCUGAAUAAAAUAGACGGCACUAAACAGCGUGAUCAAUAA